CCAGAGUAUUUGUCCACUUUCAUUUUUACACACCAUCCAAUACACUUCUUUAAUCCAUUUUAUCUUGUAAUUUGUAUAUUAAAAAAUUAUAGAAAUUAUAUAUUAAUAAUCUAUAUGUUAAGACAAAUCAAACAAGAUCACACAUGACUAUAUUUAGAGGCUUACACAUUGAGAGAAUUUGAUGAGUCAAAGUAGCUGCUGACAACAUUAUUACAUUUUUCCUGUCAAAGAACAAAAAAGAACCCACCGUAACGGCUCUAUUACCAGGUGGCCCUGCCCGCUUCUCAGUCAAACAUUUGAAAUUCUCUCUCUCUCUAUACUCCGUAUUUCAAAAUCUCUGGUUUUCUUGAAUUCUGAACCGCCCUUUUCUUCUCAAUUAUCACUUCUUUCUUCCUUGCAAAUCUUCCAAUUUCUCAAUUCUUGAAAGAAAAAGAUGGGAAUUUGUAUGAGCAAGAAGAAGAGCAUAGCUUCAGCUCCCCCUCGUCCCGCCACACAGUCUGCAAUUCACUCCAGGCAAGAAACCAAAUCCCCAGAUCUCGAGACGAAGAAGCCAGAAGAAGGGGCGGUGAAGAAGGAGAUUUUCUUCAUCAAGCACCGGAGGAGCCACGAGAUCGAGAGGCGGUCUGUGGACGGAAAAGACGAUUCCAAGAAGGAGGCGAACAACAGCGAGGUUUCCGAGCCGGCGGUCAAGAAUCCAUCAAUUAGCAGUGGGUUGAAUGUGGUAUCGGCUCCGGUGAGGACUUCGAGCUGCACGAAGGAAGAGGUUGAUGCCAUAUUGAUUCAAUGCGGGAGGCUCAGUAGGAGCCCUUCCAGAGGAAAGACUGCAGCUUCCAUUUCUGGGUCCGUUGGAUCUUCAUCUGAAAACAACAUUGGGAGUCUACAGAUGACCAAGAAAUACUCUGUGUCGAAGAGAAGUUUCGAUUUUGACAAGGAAAAUGGAAGCAGGGAGGAGGAUGUGGAGGCCGGAGGAGGGGAAACGGAGAGACUCCACCGCCAGAGACACCGCCAGCCGAGGAGUAGCCUUAGCCCUUCGUCUUCCCGGAGCCGGAGGAGGACGCAGAGCAGGGAAAGGGAGCAGGGGGCACAGCAGCAGAGGUCCGGAAGCAGAGAGAGAAGUGGGAGUAAUGGGAGGAGGGUGAGUAGGUCUCCUGGCAAAAGGUCUGAAUCACCAAACACAGUUACUUCUGGGAAUGGUAACAGGCCAGGAAAGAUGGUUCAUGUGCCUGCAACUGUGGCAAUGGACAAGAGCAUUGAUGGUGAGAACAUCUUGGCUGUGAAGAGGAUUCAAGUGAAGAGGAAUGUGGGUGGCAGCGGCUGUGAUGGUUCUAGAAAUGCCUCCGCCCCGGUGGUUGUGGUGGCGGCGUCUCCGCGUGCUCGUUCCCCUGCGCAGAACCAGCAGCCUCCCUCCCUGAGCAGAAACAAUUCUAGGAAAGCAGAACAGUCUCCUUACAGAAGAAACCCUCUGGGUGAGAUUGAUACUAAUGUUGUCAUUGAACCGUCAGCAACUAAUAAGCCUGCCAAAACCCAUACUUCUCAGGUGCAGAAGAUCAACGGAGAUAAUAUCAGCGGCGUCAAGGUGGCGUUGCAAGGGGCUAGCAGUAACAAGUUUAUCUCUAACAACAAAGGUAAGGACGAGGAGGAGCAGCUGAUAAUGGAGGAGGAACACAAAGUGGUUGGUGGGAAUGGUGCUGCAGUUAAUGUGAUUGCCCCAGCAGGACCAGAAAACAUCAAGACAGUAACAAGAUGCAGAUCCUCUAGAUUAUCUCGCGAUUUAGACAUUAACCCCGAAUCUCUAUUAUCAAACUCAAACUCCAAUCAAAACUAUACUGCGUUGUUGCUUGAAGAUAUCCAAAACUUUCACCAAAAGAAUACCCCAAACACUACCUCGGCUUUUAGCCUCCCAGCUUGCGUCACCAAGGCCUGCUCAAUCCUUGACGCAGUGGCUGACCUUAACUCCAGCACUACUAAUGCUUUCUCGGAGGACAGAAGAAAGAACUUCGCAUCUGAGCAGUUUGUUAAGAAGAAGAGUUUAGGGGUGAAAGAUCCAUUUGUGGAGUCUGAGGUGGUUGUUGUGGGCGGUGAUGACUUGAUGGAGCCAAGCAUUCACAAGUAUGUGACCUUGAGGAGGGGAAAUGUUGAAGAAGAAGAAGAGGGUGGCGAUGGAGAAGAUCAAGAAUCCUCUGGAAGCAACAGCUUUGUUGGGGGUAGUCAGCCUCCUUAUUGGCUUUCUUCUUCUUCAUCCUCGUGGGAACCGAACUCAAGCGACUCAACUUCAAGGUCUUACAGCAGGGAUGAUAACCGGGUCCCACUAGGACUCGGCUUUCAAAGACGUGCUGUUUCCGAGCCAAGCCAUGAUAUUAUGGGUGAAGGUAAGAGGAGAUUGGCUGCAAAGAAGAAUCAGCAAAUUGGAGGUGGUACCCACAAUACAUCCAUGGCAGCUGCAGCUGUAACUACUGCAUCAAGUUGAGGAUAGCAAAAGGUUUCAGAUGUGCUGUUUGAUCUAUGAAUGCAUUUGUUGUGUUUGUGCGUUUGCAAAAGCUUGCUUGCAGCUCCGGUUGCUCCUAAAAAGAUUUCGUUUAGCUAGAACAAGUUAUGAUUCUGUAUAACUGGAAAUCAACGAACACAUCAGUUUCAGUAAUGUAUUUUUAAAUGUUGAAUGAAUCAAUCAGUAAUUA